GGCCCCAGUAGACUCAGAGACUGCUCAGCGUUAGUCAGGUGAGGGGAAAGAGAGUGAAUCGUGCAUUUAUGUUGAUAAAGCAAAGUUACAAGAGUCACCUGGGGCCUUUGUUGUGCAAACUUGCUCAGCUUCUCAUAAAACAGCCAGGAGUAUCUCCAGGAGCAUUUCUCCAGGGUAUCCAUGCAGAAAUUUCUGCCCCUGUUCAGAGCAGAGGGAUAUUAUGCAAACAUUCACCAAGCCACGAACAAGGAGGACCCCCAAGCCAUGCCUGAUGUCAAGCUCCCAGGCUCGCCCGCCGCCCCGAAGCUGCGCAGCCUCCUCUCUAGCCCGCUCUGCAGCCUCGCGCAGCUCUUCGCUCACCUUCUCCGGCGACCGCCCCCCGAAGCUCCCCGGCGGCGCCCGGACUUCUCCCCUCUGCUUCCCGCCCUGUCGGCCGCGCGGCUGCGGCGGGCGCACGAGGAGCUCCCCGGCCGCCGCCUGCUCCUGCUCGGCGCAGCCCUGGCGCUGCCUGGCCGCCCCCCGGGGGGCCGCCCGCUGAGGCCGGCCGAUGGGGUGGUCAAGCCCACAGAAGAGGAGGCCAGCGCCGGGCAGAGUUCGCCCAUGCCCCCGAUGGGAUCCGAAUGCAUGGAGAUGCGCAGAAGGCAGGCAUCGGCCUCACUGGACGCUCCAGGGGACACCGCCACGGCCCAACCAGGAGCGGGCAGUCGGGGCUCCAAUGCGUGCUGUUUCUGCUGGUGCUGCUGUUGUAGCUGCUCGUGCCUCACCGUUAGAAACCAAGAACAGCGACCCACAAGAGCUACCCACGAACUCAGAAUAAACUUCCCACCCUGUGAAGAAAGCCCAGCCCCUACUCUGGAGGAGGUCAGCGCCUGGGCCCGAUCAUUCGACAACUUAAUGGUCACUCCUGCCGGGAGAAACGCUUUCCGACAAUUCCUCCGCACGGAAUUCAGUGAAGAAAAUAUGCUUUUCUGGAUGGCCUGUGAGGAACUGAAAAAGGAAGCUAAUAAAAACAUUAUUGAAGAGAAAGCGAGGAUAAUAUAUGAAGACUACAUUUCUAUUCUUUCUCCGAAAGAGGUCAGCUUGGACUCGCGAGUGAGGGAAAUCAUCAACAGAAACAUGGGCGAGCCAUCCCCGCACAUAUUUGACGAUGCUCAGCUUCAGAUUUACACACUCAUGCACAGAGACUCGUACCCCCGGUUCAUGAACUCGGCUGUCUAUAAGGACCUGCUUCAGUCCUUAUCUGAAAAAUCAGCUGAAGCCUAGGAGUUUUCAACUAUAUUUAUUUUAAGAAAACAAUAGAAGAACUCCAUGGACUGCACCUAGCACAGGGAAUUUAGGGUAGUAACACCUUCUGGAGCGCUACUGGGCUAUUUUAAUAACAAGUGCUUCCUUUGUCCAGCAGAAGGCUAGAUAUUCACAAUGUGAACUGCAGCCAUCCUUAGUGACACUUGUGAGGAAAGCUGGAUACGGCUGCUGAAGAAGCAGAGUAUAUUUACCUGUACAGGAAGAACAGCAUGUUCCCAACAGCAGAGGCAGCAGUGCAAGGCUCCGAACUGCCCAGAGCAUGUAUGUCCAUCCAGCGGAGCAAGGGAGACCACUUUGUUUUGCAUGAGUUCGGCAGCUGAUCAUCUCCUAAAGAAGACGUUUGAGUGGUUCUCAGCUGUCUUCUCAUCCCAUCAAGUAGGGUCUGAACACUUCGCUUACCAUUGCCAUGACAAGACCCAGCCAUAGGCAGAUGUGACCACUACUUGUACAAACAGUAACCCACCUUCUCUCUUAGAGUAUUGUACGUAGCUCCGGUGUGCAUGUGCCCCUAUACCUGCUUAAUGUAAAGCACUGUGCUCUUAAGUGGAUCCGUCUCAAAUGUUUGAUAAGAGAAGCAAGAUUCAGAAAAUUCUUUUGUUGAAAAGAGGUAACUGUUAUUUUAUCAUCAAAACUUGGCAGCCUAAAGAAUUUUUACGGUUCACAACUUGGUCAUGUUUACAACAAACUUUCAAAUAAGCAUAUUUCCAUUUUAUUAUUGAAAGAAAUAUGGGCAUUUCACUCUAAAAUAAAGCACAAGAUUUUUAUCUCAA